UUUUUUUCUUUUUUUUUAUGGCUUCAUCAAGUAAUGGACUUGCUGUUUCUUUUGAGACAAAAUUAGAUUUGUCAGAUAGUGGUUCUUUUCUUCCUUCCAGUCUAUUUUUACCUCGAACCAGUUACUUCAAUCAAAAGAAUGCAGCCCAAAUUCAGCAGCUACUCCUACGACGCAAUAGGCUGGAGUCAUUAAAAGCUUACGAAAAAGCAUUGAUGCAAUUCAAACAACACUUGAUAGAACUAUCACUUCGAGAAAACAGCCUUGGGCAAUUUCCACAUGAAGUCUUGAUGUUUGACCAUUUGAUUUCGCUCUCUUUAGCACAUAAUGCAUUGACAUGCAUCGACAUGGGUAUUUUACCUCGAUUACCUCAUUUGCAAUGGCUUAAUUUAAGUCAUAAUCAACUGGAAACAUUGCCCUCAGACCUUGUCUGUUGCCAUCAAUUAAGAGGAUUAGACUUGGAAAAUAACCAUAUUCAGACCUUUCCUCAAGUCAUAUUCUAUCUUACACGCCUUGAGAUCUUAAUGAUACAGAAGAACAAGAUUAAAUCUAUGCCUCCUCAUUAUCGUCUUCCAGAUUCACUCUCUACACUCAACUUAGCCUUCAACAUGUUCACUCAAGUACCCAGCUUACUGACUGACUAUCCACCUUGCUCCAUCACACACCUUUAUCUCUCUGGGAACCCACUAGGAAAACUUCCUUCUUCUUUCUUGUCGACAGGCUAUACACACCUUGUCAGUCUUGAUUUACAUUCUUGCCAAUUGGCCACACUAGAUAACGUGAUUUGCAAACGACUCUCGCACUGUAAAGACUUUCGACGCUUCAAUCUGGCCAUCAACCAAUUAACAGAGAUACCAACAGAGAUAGGUCUACUAACACAACUCCAAUGGCUCAACUUGAACGAUAACCAGAUCACUCAUCUACCUCCUACCAUGAUCCAUUUAAUUUGUCUUGUUAAACUAGGCCUUGUUCAAAACCGAAUUCAAUCCAUACCGCCUUUUCUGUUUGUCUACAUGAGUCAGUUACAGAAACUAGAUAUUCGUCGUAACCAGAUCAGACACAUGCCGCCUUCAAUACUUGCUUUGGCGCCUCAGCAUGAAGUGCAUGAACACAUUGAUUUGUCUGUGCCGCAUACUAUCUUUUGUAAUCAACAGCAUGGGUCUUUGAGAACACUGUUGUUGUAUGAAAAUCAAGCCAUGGAGCAUGUCGAUGGUAUUCUUUAUGAUUUAGGUGAAUGUGACACUGUUCAGCUCAUGUCGUUAAGAGAGGCCUAUCGUAUUUUACAAGUCGCCAGAUCGUCCAAAGACGCAGAGGCAUUGCUUCUCAAAGCAUUUGUGUCACCUAAAAACCCACAUACAGUCCAUGGACUGUCUGAGAUUGAUAGUCACGAAGAAGAAGAAAAAGAAAGACACCAUUUAGUCACUCAAGUCAGUUCUCUAAAAGAACUCUCCCUUCGGUCUCAUCUAAACAGGUUCUGUCAAACCACACAAGACAUAAGCCAUCGACGGGACCAAGAUAGGCAUGCAUUUGUAGACAAAGCAUUGCCUGAGUCCAUCGUACCUGAUUUGAUUUAUGCUUCUGCUUACCGUUCUGCUAAACAAUGUGAUCUUUGUCAUGGAUGGUAUACUGUCUCUCAUUUUCAGAUAGGUUAUUUGGCUAGACUGUGUAACAACCGACUUCAGGUGCCUAUUCGGUUCGCUAUGUGUUCUUUUCACUGUGCUAUUCAAGCCAUGAUCAAAUUACAUCAAGCUUCUUUAGAUUGCCAGCCCAUGCCGCCUAAACCAGUCAGCACAGGUAAGUAUGAGACUAUACACUCUGAUGCGCUAAAAAAAACGAUACGUAGAACCUACAAGAACGAUCAGGGACAGAGUGACUCAAUUGGCAUCGACAUUGUUAAGUGAAAGAAGAGAUCCACCUGCCAUCAUGUCCAUCACAUCAAGAAUUGUAGGAAGCAUUCUUCAUACAGAACAACCCACACUGCCUCUAUCUACACCUACACCUCAUCCUACUGCAUUCCAACAUCUUCCAAGAGAUGCUAUCCGCUUAGAAAGAUUUUGAUUCUUGCUUAAAAUAAAGAAGAGUACAUUGCUAAGGUUUUGACUGAAAACUGCUAUUUUCGCUUUUAAGUGUCCAAAUGUUUAGCAAAAUAUACAUAUAUAUAUAUAAGAAAGUUUCGAUAAAACCAAUUCUUUUUGCUAUUCUGUAAAGCAUUAAUAGCAAGAUGACAC